AAAAUAUACAUUGGCAACACUUACCGUUGCUUCUGUUUUUCUCAAACUUACUAUGAUUGCGGGGGAAUCCUUUGAUAUCCAAAUUGCAGUAGAAUGUGAACGUCUUUCUUCACUUUUUUAGUUACAGUUAUCAGUUGCGUCUAGAAGUAACUAAAGCUCCUAAAAUAUAAACGUUUCCUGAAUUGUUUCUCCGUAUUUGUAACAAGCGAGAUACCAAAAAUGUUGUCUACAUUGAGUGCUAGCGGCGUGUUCAGCAGCUGCGUGGACUACUUCUGUCUGGUGUGCGAGUCUCGGCUCAGGGACGAAGCCGACGCCGCAGCGCACGUCGCCAAGCCUGUGCACACCAAGAACUUCCUCACUACUGAGUACUUCGGAAAUGAAGAAGAGUGCGUGAGAAAGAUAAAGAAGUGGUAUCUGUGCGAGUUGUGCAACGCGCUGCUGGCGACUGCGGGCGGCGUGCGGCUGCACGUGGCGGAGGCGCGGCACGCGGAGCGGCGGGCGGGGCGCGUGCUGCGGCGGCGGGCGGGCCGCGUGCUCGCCUUCGCCAGCGUGCAGCUCGGAGACAGCGCGUGGAAUGGCAUCGUCGAGGACACGUGCGCCAUCUGCAACACAGAGUUCGACGACGAACACAUUCACAGGAACGAGACUACACACAUAUUGAAGCUCAUUCAGAGUAAACUCGAAUAUGACGAAAAUAAAAACCUAUAUCGUCGGGUUGAUGAGUCUUCUUUCCAUUGCUUAACAUGUAAUAUGGUGUUCGCUUUAAACUCUAUUGAUAAACAUUUCAAUGACAUCGAACAUAAAAAUCUCUAUAAACGUUGCUGCGAUGAUUAUAAAAUUGCUGAACUUACUGCAACCAGCGAAUUAAUUGAUAGUACUAAAAAAACGGAAAACAAUAACUGUGAAGAAAAAGCUGUAACUCAAGAUAAAAAUGAAACAAAACCCACAGAAUUAGACUCGACUGUUAAAAAUAAAAUACAGAUCCAAAGCAAUGAAAAAGCAGAAGUAAAAAUAUCAACUAUAAGCUCUGAUGAUUCUAAAACCAAACAAAACAUUACAAAGGAGAAUGUCAAACAAACAGAUCCUGUGAAAUCAAUCCCAAUAGAUGAUUCAGAGAUAUGCGAAAUUUUAAAUGCAAAGUAUUAUAUAACAUCAGAUGAGAAUGGAAAGGCUUGGUGUAUCUUAUGUAAUUGGUUAAUGGACCCAUUUGCUAUAAACAAUCAUAUAAAUGAUCUUCACCAUCAAACAAUGUUGAAAAUGCAUAAAAAACGCCUUUCAACUCUUAAUGCUGAGAAGAAAUUAACUGAUAAAUCACACAUUGUAAACAAUGAAAAUGAUUCUAUGAAAAAUAAAGAAAACGUGGACAAAGAAAGCAUUUUAAAUGCCAUUGAGAAAUUCCAAAAAAAUAAUAUUAAUAUAAAUUUUGAAAUUGAAACCGCAGUCUGCAAGAAGUGUUCAAAGCAAUUAGAUUUCAAUUACCAAGCUAUUGAGGAUCAUAUUAAAGAACAUGCCCAGAAUAAAAACAAAAAGAAUGAUGGUAAAGGAAUCCAGCUUACAUCUGGUUUGGAAUUCACAAAAGAUGUGGAAUCAGCUAAUAAAGAAACAUGUUUAUACACAACACCUGUUAAAUUUACAAAAAAAGAAAAACAGGAAAAGGUAAAAGAUACACAUGUUUCAAAGAUAAAAAAGGAAUCAUCCCCUUUGGAUAUCAAUGAAUUGGAGAAGUAUGCAAAGCAAAAUCAUAUGACAUACAUAUUUAAUGAAAAUAAAGUUCACUGCAACAAAUGUGAUAUUGACUUAAUUCCAUCGAUGAAAAUAGUAAAAGAACAUGUCGGUGGGGUAGAUCAUAAAAAAUCGAAAGAAGAACUUGCACAAGUGAAUGCUAUAUCAAAAUCAAAACAAAUUGACAAGGAAGCUAAUUUUAUUAAAAUACCAACAAGUUCAUUCAUUCUGUCUGCGGUCUCUGUUGAUUCGUUACAAAAAGUAAUUAUCAUCAAUGAUAAAAUAUGUAUCCAUAUGCUGAGUAUAGUAUUUAUGGUUAAACAAAACGAAAGUUUAAAAUGUUUCGUAUGCGAUUGUAAUGUAUCUUUUCUAAAUUUCCACAAACAUUUAGAUACACCUAAACAUGAAGCGGCAGUUGACAAAAGUUUGGUGUUAGUUGAGAUGGAAAAUGAAUUUAUAAGAGAGUACAAGCCGGGUUGCUACCACUGUGGUUACUGUAACAUCCCAUGCCAGUCAUGGCCCGCUAUGGAGUCUCACUUGCAGACUGCGGAACACAAGAACAGUAGGAUCGCAUCCCAAUGGCGUUUGCAACAGUUGCUGCCAGAAGUUGCUAGAGAACGAGAACAGAAGCAGUUACAAGAAAAGUUCAUGAUGCAUAUGAUGUUUGCUAAUAUGGGUAGAUGGAAUUAUAAUAGCGAUAGUGAUUAAAUAACAUCUAAUAGGGAAUAUGCAUGCAUUUUUUUCUUUUUUUAAACGAUUCUACUUGUUAUAAAAUAACCACAAAAAAAUUGAC